UGGCGCGCGCGUGCUCCGUCGGGCGGUGCAGCGGCUGCGACGGAGCCGGCCAUGGUCGUGGGCGGUGGGCGGGUGUUACUCUGAGCCCCGAAGGCAGCAGGAGGCUGAGUGCUGGGCAUGCAGGUGCCGGAGCCGGGCGGGCGCGGCCGAGGGAGCUGUUGAUCGUGCUGCGGGAUCGGGAGCCGGUGGCGGCGCGCGGGGCAGUUUAUCUUCUAAUCUGAAAGAGUCUUCAUGAAUAUUUCACUUUAAACACAAGUAAUGUCACACGUUCCUAAAACACCGAAAUGGGGGCUGUUAUUCUGAGGGCCCCGAGGUUAUGAAUGUGCUUCAGCUCUAUAAUGCCUCCUGCUAUGGCAGACAUCCUUGACAUCUGGGCAGUGGAUUCACAGAUCGCAUCUGAUGGCGCUAUAUCUGUGGAUUUCCUUCUGCCCACUGGGAUUUAUAUCCAGCUGGAAGUACCUCGGGAAGCUACCAUUUCUUCUAUUAAACAGAUGUUAUGGAAGCAAGUUCACAAUUACCCAAUGUUUAACCUCCUUAUGGACAUUGACUCCUACAUGUUUGCAUGUGUGAAUCAAACUGCUGUAUAUGAGGAACUUGAAGAUGAAACUCGAAGACUUUGUGAUGUCAGACCUUUUCUUCCUGUUCUAAAACUAGUGACAAGAAGUUGUGACCCAGCAGAAAAAUUGGACUCAAAAAUUGGAGUCCUUAUAGGAAAAGGUCUUCAUGAAUUUGAUGCCUUGAAGGAUCCUGAAGUGAAUGAGUUUAGAAGAAAAAUGCGCAAAUUCAGUGAGGACAAGAUUCAGUCUCUGGUGGGGCUGUCUUGGAUCGACUGGCUGAAGCACACGUACCCACCCGAGCACGAGCCAUCCGUCCUGGAGAACUUGGAGGAUAAACUAUAUGGAGGGAAGCUGAUUGUGGCUGUGCAUUUUGAAAAUAGCCAGGAUGUAUUUAGUUUUCAAGUGUCUCCCAAUUUAACUCCUAUAAAAAUAAAUGAAUUGGCAAUCCAGAAACGCUUGACUAUUCAUGGAAAGGAAGAUGAAGUUAGCCCCUAUGACUGUGUGUUACAAGUCAGCGGGAGAGUGGAGUAUGUAUUUGGAGAAUACCCACUAAUUCAGUUCCAGUAUAUCCGGAACUGUGUGAUGAAUAGGACCCUGCCCCAUUUCAUCCUCGUGGAAUGUUACAAGAUCAAGAAAAUGUAUGAGCAAGAAAUGAUUGCCAUAGAGGCUGCCAUCAACCGGAACUCAUCUAACCUUCCUCUGCCCUUACCACCAAAGAAAACGCGAGUUAUUUCUCAUGUCUGGGACAACAACAACCCUUUCCAGAUUCACUUGGUGAAAGGAAAUAAGCUUAACACAGAAGAAACUGUGAAAGUUCAUGUCAGAGCUGGUCUUUUUCAUGGAACUGAGCUCCUAUGUAAAACUGUUGUAAGCUCGGAGAUAACAGGAAAAAACGACCAUGUUUGGGAUGAACCACUGGAAUUUGAUAUUAAUAUUUGUGACUUACCAAGAAUGGCUCGAUUAUGUUUUGCUGUUUAUGCUGUUUUGGAUAAAGUAAAAACGAAGAAAUCAACAAAAACUAUUAAUCCCUCUAAAUAUCAGACCAUCAGGAAAGCUGGGAAAAUGCAGCACUAUCCUGUAGCGUGGGUAAACACGAUGGUUUUUGACUUCAAAGGACAGCUGAGAUCCGGAGACGUCAUACUGCACAGCUGGUCGUCCUUUCCUGAUGAGCUGGAAGAGAUGCUAAAUCCCAUGGGCACGGUGCAGACGAACCCAUAUGCUGAAAAUGCAACUGCCUUGCAUAUUAAGUUCCCAGAUAAUAAAAAGCAGCCUUAUUAUUACCCUCCUUUCGAUAAGAUCAUUGAGAAGGCAGCCGAGAUUGCCAGCGGCGACAGUGCUAAUGUGUCAAGUCGUGGUGGAAAAAAAUUCCUUGCUGUACUGAAAGAAAUCUUGGACAGGGACCCCCUGUCUCAGCUGUGUGAGAAUGAAAUGGAUCUUAUUUGGACUCUACGGCAAGACUGCCGAGAAAAUUUCCCACAGUCACUGCCAAAACUACUCCUGUCAAUCAAGUGGAAUAAACUUGAAGAUGUUGCUCAGCUUCAGGCACUCCUGCAGAUUUGGCCCAAACUGCCCCCCAGGGAAGCACUGGAGCUCCUGGAUUUCAACUAUCCAGAUCAGUACGUCCGGGAAUAUGCUGUGGGCUGCCUGCGACAGAUGAGUGAUGAAGAGCUCUCUCAGUAUCUUCUACAGUUGGUGCAAGUUUUGAAAUACGAGCCUUUUCUUGAUUGUGCCCUCUCUAGAUUCCUGCUAGAAAGAGCACUUGAUAAUCGAAGGAUUGGGCAGUUCCUGUUUUGGCACCUUAGGUCAGAAGUGCACAUUCCCGCUGUGUCUGUCCAGUUUGGGGUCAUCCUUGAAGCGUACUGUCGAGGAAGCGUAGGGCACAUGAAAGUGCUUUCCAAGCAGGUUGAAGCACUCAAUAAGUUAAAAACUUUAAAUAGCUUAAUCAAAUUGAAUGCCGUGAAGCUCAACAGAGCUAAAGGAAAGGAGGCUAUGCACACUUGUUUAAAGCAGAACGCUUACCGGGAGGCCCUCUCUGACCUUCAGUCGCCUCUGAAUCCGUGUGUCAUCCUCUCAGAACUCUAUGUUGAAAAGUGCAAAUACAUGGAUUCCAAGAUGAAGCCCUUGUGGCUGGUCUACAGCAGCAGAGGUUUUGGAGAGGACUCGGUUGGAGUGAUCUUUAAAAAUGGUGAUGAUUUGCGGCAGGACAUGCUGACGCUGCAGAUGCUACGCCUGAUGGAUCUACUCUGGAAAGAGGCUGGUUUGGACCUUCGGAUGCUUCCCUAUGGCUGUUUAGCAACAGGAGAUCGCUCUGGCCUCAUUGAGGUUGUAAGCACCUCUGAGACAAUCGCUGACAUUCAGCUGAACAGUAGCAAUGUGGCUGCCACAGCAGCCUUCAACAAAGAUGCACUCCUGAACUGGCUUAAGGAGUACAACUCUGGGGAUGACCUGGACCGAGCAAUUGAGGAGUUCACCCUGUCCUGUGCUGGCUACUGUGUAGCUUCUUAUGUCCUUGGCAUUGGUGACAGGCAUAGUGACAACAUCAUGGUGAAAAAAACCGGCCAGCUCUUCCACAUAGAUUUUGGACAUAUUCUUGGAAAUUUCAAAUCUAAAUUCGGCAUUAAAAGAGAGCGAGUACCUUUUAUCCUUACUUAUGACUUCAUUCAUGUCAUUCAGCAAGGAAAAACAGGAAAUACAGAAAAAUUUGGCAGGUUUCGCCAGUGCUGUGAAGAUGCCUAUCUGAUUUUACGGCGGCAUGGAAACCUCUUCAUUACUCUCUUCGCACUGAUGUUGACUGCAGGGCUUCCUGAGCUUACAUCAGUCAAAGAUAUACAGUAUCUUAAGGACUCUCUUGCCUUAGGAAAGAGUGAAGAAGAAGCACUCAAACAAUUUAAGCAGAAAUUUGAUGAGGCCCUCAGGGAAAGCUGGACUACCAAGGUGAACUGGAUGGCUCACACAGUUCGCAAAGACUACAGGUCUUAGCGUAGGCCUUGGCUCCCAGUGAACUUGUCAGUUUGUUUCCUUUCCAUUUUGCACUUGCACUAAACAUGACCCUGCCAGAAAUGCAAAGGGAAUGAAAUCCUGGAACUCAGAGUGAAAUCAAGAACGCGGCCUCCACGGA